CAAACAUAAUCAAGUAUACAAAGUUUCUCUUCCUCACAACACAUAAGAAAUUUAGAGAGGAAGAGAGAUUAAUAUACAUAAGAUGGGUGAGUUAACAUUUUGUGAGAAAGUUAGUGCAUGGUUUAGAAAUUCCAAAUCAUAUUUGCUUAUCCUAAGUUUACAAUUUGGAUCGGCUGGAAUGUAUGUUCUGACUAUGGAUGCCCUUAACAAGGGCAUGAGUCACUAUAUUUUUGUGGUAUAUCGUAAUGUCAUUGCAACUAUUGCUCUUGCUCCAUUUGCUUUUUUCCUUGAAAGGAAAAUUAGGCCCAAGAUGACAGUUCGGAUAUUUUCAGAAAUUUUUGCACUAGCUUUUGUCGAGAUAAUACUUGAUCAGUGCUUCACGUUCUUGGGGAUGAAGCUAACAUCAGCAUCUUUUGCAUCUGCUGUGAUGAAUUCCGUACCUUCCAUCACCUUUGUACUUGCAAUAAUUUUUAGAUUGGAACGUAUGAAAAUUAAGGAAAUAGGAUGCCAAGCCAAAGUGAUUGGCACAGUGGUGAGUCUUGGAGGUGCAUUUCUAAUGGCACUAUACAAAGGUCCAGUUCUUCAAAUUGCUGGAUCUUCAGCAGCUACCCAGAUGCACCAACCUGAAAAUGUGAACGAUCCCAGUGGUUCACACUGGCUCCUUGGUGCAUUAUUCCUUCUCAUUGGUUGUGCUGGCUUCUCUGCAUUUUACAUUUUACAAGCUAUAACAUUGAGAAAGUAUCCAGCAGAGAUGUCACUGGCCACGUGGGUUUGCUUUAUUGGUGCACUUCAAAGCAGUGCUGUAACUAUUUUCAUGGAGCGCAAACAUCCUGAAGCCUGGUCUUUGGGCCUGGACUCUAGACUCUUUGCUUCAGUAUAUGCGGGAAUUGUAACUUCAGCAAUUCAAUUUUAUGUGCAAGGCUCUGUAAUUAAAACUAUGGGACCUGUUUUUGUGACUGCUUUUAAUCCUUUGCGUAUGAUUAUAGUCACAGCCUUGGCUUGUAUUGUCCUCUCUGAGAAACUCCAUCUUGGAAGCAUUGUUGGAGGAGUGGUGGUGGUUACAGGACUAUACCUUGUUGUAUGGGGCAAAUCAAAAGAACAAAAGGCAAUGAUGUCAGAUGAGUCCCCACAAAAAAUCUCCCAACAAGGACAACAACAACUACCAAUUACUGUCCCCAAAAUUGAUAACAAUGAAGAUAAUAAACCUCAAUUGAUUAUAAUUGAAGAUCAAACAAGCACAGAGAAGCAGUGAGCAUUAUCAAAUUAAGUGGUCACCUUAUUGGGAUAUAUCUAUGACCAUAUAUAGUGUGACAUGACAUUAGUCUAAGGACUAAUUUGUGCUAAAUUGUCAAUUUACUUGUUGCAGAACAAAUCCAUUUUCAAACUUGGAUGAUUUUGUUUUGAUUUUGAGUUUUAAUUUUGCAUUUAACAAAAUAUGAAAUGCAUAUCUUCCUUUUGUAUUGCAUUGCUGACUUUAACAAAAAUAAAUAAGAGAGUCGUAACGGUUGUGUUCAAA